GCGCACGGGGAGCGCGGGCCCGGCCGGCCGGCGCUCGAGCCCCGCAUUCCGCGCUGGCUACGUGGCGGCGGCUGGGAGCUGGGGGCAGGCCGCAGCGCAGGGCCGAGGGACACGGCGGUGGCAGUGGCUGCUCCUGUCCGUCUCACCAGCCGGCCCCCUCCCUUCCCUGGAGUUUAUUUUGCAGUGAAUGGACCUAUUCUGGUCUAGCCUAGCCAGGGAUCAGGAUGGUGAUGCAGAAGCAACUCUCGACUGUCGUUGUCGUCUUUUGUAUUUGUGGCUUGUUUCCAUCGCUGUCCAGUGCGGAUAUCCACAGAGCCAAUGCGAAGAAGCUGACCCGAAAGGCAGCAGCUGCACAGGCUGCCAAUGAGCAUCAAUGGUGGUGCCCGGAAAAUGUGUUUGAGCUCCGAUCGUGGUCAGAACUGUUUGCUGGAGAGCGUGUUGAUGCCUGGAUCUGUUCUUUGAUUGGCUCGGUGAUGGUUGGGCUCAGUGGUGUCUUUCCUCUUCUCGUCAUCCCAAUUGAGGCAGGGGCGGCACUGAAAUCUAAAGAUGGUUCCCAACGGUUGAAACGAUUGUUGAGUUUUGCCAUCGGUGGGCUGCUUGGGGACGUCUUCUUGCAUCUCUUGCCUGAAGCCUGGGCCUACACCUGCAAUGGAAGUCCAGAUGGAGGCCAUAGUCGAGAGCAGCAAAGGAAGUUGGGUAUUUGGGUAAUUAUUGGACUGCUUGCUUUCUUUGUUUUGGAGAAAAUGUUCCCAGAUAAAAAUGAAGAGGAAACAGAACAUCACAAAACACCUCAGACCCAGAAGGCAUUACAGAAUGGAUGUUGUUAUAUGGAUAAGGGGAUCAAACGCCUUCAGAAUGGAAAACUCAUUUCCUCUGCCAAUACACAUUGCAUUGAUUCUUAUUUUCAACUCAGCAAUGGUUACUGCCUUGACUCUACACCACAGCUAAAGACGUUUACUCAGCCAGUUCAAGCUAUAAAGAUUAGUGGAUACUUGAAUCUCGUUGCCAAUGGUAUUGAUAACUUCACGCAUGGCCUGGCAGUGGCUGGCAGCUUCCUUGUUAGCAGAAAGGUUGGGCUCACUACUACCCUGGCUAUUCUUCUUCAUGAAGUCCCACAUGAGGUCGGAGACUUUGCUAUCCUGCUCAGGGCAGGAUUCGAUCGAUGGAGCGCAGCUAAAAUGCAGCUCACAACUGCAUUUGGAGGGGUGUUGGGUGCCUGCUUUGCCCUCUGCGCGGAGUCUCCAGAAGGAGCAGGGGGCAGUGUAGCUUGGAUUCUACCGUUCACAUCAGGAGGAUUUCUGUACAUUGCUCUGGUUACUGUGGUACCUGAUCUCCUUCAGGAGACAGAUAUGCGGAACUCUGUGUAUCAAGUAUUGCUGCUUUGCAGUGGGAUUGCAGUCAUGAUGCUGGUGUCUGCCAUUGUCUAAUUGAUGCCUUGGAUUGAUCCUGGAUCAGAGUGCCAUUUUAGUGGUACCCAUGGAAAGGUAACCUGGAGCCAGCAUUAUUUACAUAAUUUGAUCAGCAAGACCAACUAUUGCAUCAGAAAGGAGAAAAAAAGAUCCAUUCCUUCCUCUACCACCUCCACCAUUUUCUCUUCUAAACUGACUUGAAUAAUGGAGUUAUAUUUCAUGACUGAUAAUACCCAAUAUAGUGCUAAACCAAAGAAAAAUGCAAUAAACCCUCCUGUCAGAUGUCACACAUCUGCAAACAGCCACUAGAUCGUUGAUGGUGCUUCAUAAUCUGGCAACACUGACCUCUCAGCUUGCCUGACCAGCUAGGUGGUUGUUGUUGUGUACACUAAGUAAUCCUUGGAUCCUGCUCCCUCCCUCCCUCCUCCCACCAGUACACUCCAUACAGAAGCAAAAGAAGUGUGCCUGAUAAACCUUGUCACUGUUGAUAAUGACAUUCACACCCGGUCAACCGAUAAAGACAUCAGCUUAGACACCUGAGGUACAGCAGUAUGUACCAUUACUGAACUACUUCACUUGCAGGUACUUGACUAACCCAGAUCUACCUUCAGUGUUCUCUCUGAAAGAAGGUGGACGCGCCCUGUUAGGGCCUGUAAGAUGUCCUCAAGGGAUGCCAGAUAGCUGUAGUUGAAACUGUCUUCUUUCUGCCUGACCAGAUCGAGGCAAAUCGUCAUGAAAGAGUAACUUGAGCCUGAGCACAUUGCUGUUCUUUCCCCCUUCUUUUUGCCAAACACCAACCCAAGUGUCCUGCUCUGAGAGUUUGAGCUGAAUUGCACUGUGGAAUCAGGUGAACAUGUUCGGUGGCCUCGUUUUAUGUUGAUUUCCACAGUUUCCUAUAAGUAAAAGCAAGUAGUUUCUUUGCACAUUUGGUUGUUACAUACAUGGUGUUUGGAUAGCACAAUCAAAAUGACUCUGAAACCUUCUUCCUUGCCCAUGUCAGCCAAAAAUUACAGCCAUAAUGAUGCUUUUGGUGGGGGUGAAUGCCCUCUUGUUACAUUGGUAUAACAAUGCCAUCUGUUAGAUCAAUCCCUUUGGUUACUCAGCAUUGCUGUGCCAAUGAAAUCAGUUAUUUUUUUUAGGAACAUAACAAACACUCCUCAUCCUGUGUAUUCAGGCGAGGCCUGUGGUCUGACUGUUACAGACUGUUAAUUUAGCAUUAAUGGUGCUGUCUGCUUUAGUGUGGGACUGCUGCUCAUUGCACAGAGAUGAGAUCCACAGCACCUCGCAGGUAUGCACAGACUCAUCAGUAGACUAACUUUCUGCACUUUCUCCUAUUUUUUUGAGGCAUAGAUUUUAUUUUGUGUAUUCUUGUAAUAAAACUUAUGUAUUUUCAUUUUAAUUGUAAAUAUUUAGCAUGAAAUAUUUGAAUAAACUAUGCAUAUUUGUCUCAUGUACUCCCAG